UGACACAGCUAUCUGAGGCAGCAGCAGUUCCCCUGCACUCGCUCCCUUCCUGCAGGCUGCGCUCAGACACACACGCUCAAACCAACGAGACACUGGACACACAUUUCCUUACAUACACAUACUUUAUUUACAGACAGCUGCACAUACCUGCGUAGCAGUCCACAUACACGCAUACACUAACCUUCAGUUAUCGUAAGUGUCGUGGUUUCUCACAUCACCUUCAUUUUUUUGUACUUUACAAAGCUCACACAGAAAAAUGAGGACAGUUGUUCUUUGCCUUUGUGCCACACUCCUGCUCGCAGUCACCUUGGUGCCAUGCACCAGCGGGGCAGCGGAUUUCAACUUACACCAGAGAUGGGACACUAGAGGACCUCACACUUCGGGAUUUGAAUCUGGUUCCCCCACCUCCUGCCCCAUGAAACUCAGACCCUUGGGGCAGUGCGGGAGCUCCGGGGCGGAGGACGGGGAGGACUGCCUUUACCAGGUCACUUUGCCUCCCCUCACCAUCCAACUGCCCAAGCAGUUCAGACUGUUGGAAAAGACGAUGAAGGAACUGCAGAGCCUGAAGGAGGUGGUAAACAAGUUGAAGAAUGGGUGCCAGGAAUGUUGUGGGACACGAGGCAGGGUAGAUUUCGAACAUCAGCAAGCUGAUCAGAUACAAAGGGAUGCUGAAGGAGAAACUAAAGUGGACAAGAAAAUACAGGAGGUGCAAGUGGGGUCCAGCCAGGAGGAGAGGGGAGAUACCGCGGAUGGCACUGGACUCUGGCAAGGCUCUAAUUUUGGGAAAAUUACACCAAGUCCAGCUACUAUGCAGGAGAUGCAGGUGAAGCUAAAUAAGAUGUCAGCUAGCUUGCGCAACGCCCGGACCCAGAUCUCUGCUCUGCAGGGUCGUCUGGAGGGGCUCAACCUGCUCAACAUGGACAACGUGCAGGAAGUGGUGGACAGACGAGUGGAGAACAUCACUGGUAUGGUCAACAAGCUCAGCUCCACCUGCACUACGGAGUGUGCAGUACAGAACACCCCCCAGUUUAUUUUAGCCCCUAGGGACUGUUCAGACUACAAUGUGCUGGAGGUCAGAAAGAGCGGCGUUUAUCGUGUGACACCUGAUGCACGCAAUGGGACAUUUGAAGUUUUUUGUGACAUGGAGUCAUAUGGAGGUGGUUGGACCGUGAUACAGCAACGGCUCGAUGGCUCUGUCAGCUUCAAUCGCACAUGGGCUGAGUAUAAAAAGGGCUUUGGGAACCUCAGAGGUGAGUUCUGGUUGGGCAAUGACCAUAUCCACUUGCUGACAAAAGCCAAAGACAUGGUUUUGCGCAUUGAGCUGGAGGACUUUGAGGGUGUCCGGGAAUAUGCAAAGUAUGACCAGUUCUAUGUGGCCAAUGACUUCCUGCUCUACCGGCUGUCUGUCAGUGGUUUCAGUGGGACUGCAGGGAAUGCUCUCAGUUUCAACAAGCAUUUCAACCAUGACCAGAAGUUUUUCUCCACGCCUGACCGCGACAACGACAUGUACCCCUCUGGGAACUGCGGUGCAUACUACAGCUCUGGCUGGUGGUUUGACGCCUGCAUGUCCGCUAACCUCAACGGAAAGUACUAUCACAAGAGGUACAAGGGAGUCAGGAAUGGGAUCUUCUGGGGAACAUGGCACAAUAUGUCAACAGAGUACUACCCUACCAACUACAGGCAGGCCUUCAAAACUGUCAAAAUGAUGAUACGGCCAAAGAAUUAUGCUCCAUAAAAAGACAGGGGGACAAUAACGGGUGUCCUUUUAGAUGGACGGAUAGAAAAUGACAAUAAAAAAAUGGAAGAACAGCUAGACUUUCAUAAACAUGCAUAUACAGUAGUCAUGCACUUGCAGACAUUUACGUGUACACUCUGUACAUGCAUACAGUAUACACAUACACAAAAAGACUACAAGCCCUUUAGACAGUUUAAAUGCAGUGAUAACUAAAUUGUGAAAGAAAUGCAUCUCUUAAUAUUUUGAUCCAAUGUAGUGAAUAUAAUGAUAAAAUGCUGUAUGUAAAUGAGGAUGUGUUAAAAUCUGGACUAUGUAUGAUGACAGGCUAAUGUAAAAGCACUCAUACAGUGUAAAGCCCAUCGUCUACUGGGCCAAUGAUGUGAUAGGAAGGGUUUCCAUGAGAGACUUUUCACCGUUUCUCUUGACAUUUCUCCACCGUCUGUUCUGCUGCCUCUUGCUAUAAACCUGGCUCAGACACAGCACAGCACACUGUUGUAGUAAAAACUAAUGAGCUAUCAUUUCCUCCACUCUAAAUGAUUUCAUAAUUAACAGCGGCCACUCAAGUGAGGUAUAUGAGAGCUGAUGAUAUAGUUUUAGGUGUUUCUGAAAUUUAUUGUGAAAGACUAUAUGCAUGAGUCAGAUUCAAAUUAAAAAAAGAACCCCAGGCAGUGAUACACAACACUCUACAGGCAACAAUCUCACUUACUAUGUGGUAUACCAUAGAAAAUCCUAGUAUUUAUAUGCAGUCUAAAAUACAUUUUUAUUAAAAUUUUACUGACUACGUUCUGCAUUUACAAUUACAGCCUAAAUUCUUGACAAGAACAACAAAAGCUGCAAAAACAAAAUUUGUUCCAAAUAUCUGUGUGCAUUCAUGUCUUGUGAGGCCAUACACCAUAUUCAUGUGUAAAAUAUCCACCCCCAGCGUAUCAUUUGUACAAUACUGCAGCCUAAUGUUAGAAAACUGUAUAGCAUCACUUCCAAUUUAUAUCCCUUGUGAAUGAGAACGAUGGAAAAUGAUAUUUCAUUUUAAGGAUGUGUACAGUAUUUAUUUAAUUUUGCAAGGUAUGAUAGCUUUUUUAUUAUACAUAGGUUAUACGGUGCAAAGUCUAUUGAUUGUUGAUAUGCAUUGACGACGACUGCAUUAUUGUGAGCAUUCAUAGUAAAUGUGUGUCUUUGGAGCUGUGUGUCUGUACAAUAUUGAUCUUUUCUAUCAAUCAUAUUCAACUGUCAUGCCAAAAGAUAUGCACAUUUUAUAUAAAAAAAUGAAUAAAGUUCUAACUAUAUGGCUCUGUA